AUGCGGUGUUUGGAUGAACUAGUUGUCGCAUGUGACCAUCAUGUAGCUGCUGGAUCUUUAUCCUGGGGUGGCUGUCCCAUGGGCCUUCCCCAGGGGAGCUUUUCCGAGGAAGGAAAGAUCCGCUACGAAGUCCCGCUCGACCUCGACCUCCCUUCCGCGGGCAUCAGUCAGCCGCUGUACGAGGUGGUCCUCAGCCCGCAGGCCGCCGGCGAGCCCUUCUCCUUCAGCGUGGUCAGGGGCGAGACGGGGAGCCUGCUCCUGGACACGCGCAUCGGCGGCCUCACUUUCUCCGACCAGUUCCUGAGUCUGACGGCGCUGCUGGCGAGCAAGAACAUCUACGGCUUGGGGGAGAACACGCACUCCUCCUUCAAGCACGACCUCAGGAAGAAGACGUGGCCCAUCUUCGCGAGGGACCAGGGGCCCGCAGUGGAUGAGGGGGAACUCAACCUAUACGGCGCGCAUCCUUACUUCCAGUGCGUGGAAAAUGACGGCAAUGCAUACGGGCUUCUGCUUCUUAAUAGUAAUGCUAUGGAAAUACCGCUACUUCAUUACAAUCAACACCGCUCCUUCAUUACGAGUCUCCACAUCCUCAUCUCCCUCUCUCCUGCAUCACCACCAACGUCAUCACCUAUCAUCACGACCUCAGAGAUUGCCAAGCACAUCACCACCAACCAUAUGACCACCACACUCAUUAUCACCACCACCAUCACACCAGUAUCACCACCAGCCACAUCACCACCACCACACUUAUUGUCCCCAUCAACAUCACAUCAAUAUGGUUACGGCUCCUUGGAAGAACUACAGGCAGCCGUUAACAGGACGAGGGACGCGGGAAUACCUCACGACGUGCAGUAUGGCGACAUCGACUAUAUGGACCGUCGGUUGGACUUCACAUACGACCAAGUUAAUUACGAAGGUUUUCCUGAGUAUGUCCUCGAAGCCAAAGAAAACGGGCUCAGGUUUAUUGUUAUUCUGGAUCCUGCGAUAAACGCGGAGCUGGAUCCAUCCGACUACCCGCCGCACAAGAACGCCCUGGCUGCCGGCGCGUACGUCGAGUGGGGCGCAGAAACGGACCCCGCCCACGUCACGGAGAAUAAUGGCGGCGGGGAACUCGGAAGGGUUAUGUUGGGUUAUGUGUGGCCAGACAACCGCACCGCCUUCCCCAGCUUCUUCAAGGACUCGGCCAAGGACUGGUGGAUCAGCGAGAUUGAAUCCUUUUACAACACGAUCCGAUUCGAUGGACUUUGGAUUGACAUGAACGAGCCGGCCAACUUCGGCACGAACGAGGAGCGUCCGUGGAACUGGCCUGAGGAGUGGGGGCCCUGGAGCCUCACCUGCCCCCCCUCCCCCUGGGACGACCCCCCCUACGUCACCAAAGCGGCGUCCCUCGGGCCUUCCUACGCCAUGGCAGACAAGACACUGUGUCUGGCGGCCACGGAAGGGGCUCACAGGCACUACGACGUCCACAAUCUGUACGGUUGGGCGCAGGCGGAACCCACGCUCAGGGCUGCCCGCCAGAGCACGGGCAAGCGGAGCCUCGUCAUUUCCCGCUCGACCUUCCCCGGGAGCGGUCGCUGGGCGGGCCACUGGCUGGGCGACAACCGCUCCAUUUGGCCCGAUAUGCACCACUCCAUCAUAGGAAUGCUGGAAUUCAACCUCUUCGGCAUCCCGUACAUCGGCGCGGAUAUAUGCGGCUUCUUCGGGAACACCACCGAGGAGCUGUGUGAGCGGUGGAUGGAACUCGGCGCCUUCUACCCCUUCAGCAGGAACCACAACCAGAUCGAUGCUGUGGAUCAGGACCCGGGCUUGUGGGACAGUGUUGCCAAAUCAUCGAAAAAGGCUUUGGAAAUCCGAUAUCGUCUCCUGCCUUAUCUGUACACACUGUUCUAUUAUGCACACACCUCUGGGAACACUGUGGUCAGGCCUCUCAUGCACGAAUUUCCCCACGACCGCCACACGCUAUCCAUCGACGACCAGUUCCUGUGGGGAGGCGGCCUCCUCAUCUCGCCCGUGCUCGCGGAGGGGCAGACGUCGCGCUCGCUCUACCUGCCCUUCGACGCCUGGUAUGACUACUACACGGGUCAAGCGGAGGAGCGUCCUGGCGAGCGAGUGACGUCACCGGCCCCUCGUGACGUCAUCCCCCUGCACAUCCGGGGCGGUCACAUCCUCCCGACGCAGCGGCCCGCCCUCAACACACAACAAAGCCGCAUCCAGCCCAUGGGCGUGAUCGUGGCCAUCGGUCUGGACAGGAGGGCGAAGGGGGACCUCUUCUGGGACGACGGCGAGGGCGCGCAGACCAUCCAGACCAAGGAGUUCGGUCUCGUUCGCUUCGAGUUCGUGCAGGACGCCCUCACCUCCACCGUCGUCCAGAACGUGAAGGGAAGCCUCGGCGGCCUGAAGCUCCAAGACUUCGAAUUCCUCGGGGUCGAACAGAGGCCGAAGCACGUGGCCCUCGACGGCUCCGAGCUCCCCGAUGCCUCCUGGUCCUACGACGCCGGGAAGAGGAAGCUUCUGGUGAGCGCGGAGGUCGACCUCAACACGGCCUUCACGAUGGUGCUCGGGGAUAUCUGGCGGUAUAAGGUUGAUAUGGAGUGAUA